CUCUGCGGCCUGUGCGGGGCGCAGGCUGAGGAGCUACCGGGCGUGCUGCGGAUGUAUAAGGAGUAUCGGGGCGGCACGGCCCGGCGGGCGGCAGGAUUAAGCCAGCUGCCCUUUGAUCCUGCCACUAACAACGGACCUCUGCAGUUUACCAACACAACUGGCCCUCUGGUUUCUGAAAGUGCAGUUGAGAAUGGAGGGGAGUCAAGCAAGAAGAGAAAGAGAACAAACAUUCCUGCAACAGAUGGUGUUAGAAAUCUGAAUGCAGACUCCACCCCAAUGGGCUUGCCUAUGUCGGACCUCACUGCAUGGGCCACUGCGAUGAACAAUCUAGGGAUGGCACCGAUGGGAAUGUCAGGGCAGCCACUGCUGCCUGACUUUGACCCUGCACUUGGAAUGAUGACGGGAAUCCCACCUAUCAACCCCAUGAUGCCUGGCUUGGGGAUAGUUCCACCACCUAUUCCUCCAGAUAUGCCAGCAGUGAAGGAGAUUAUUCACUGCAAAAGCUGCACCCUUUUCCCACCCAACCCAAAUCUUCCUCCUCCUGCAACAAGAGAGAGGCCCCCAGGGUGCAAGACGGUGUUUGUAGGAGGACUGCCAGAAAACGGGACCGAGCAGAUCAUUGUGGAGGUUUUUGAGCAGUGUGGAGAGAUCAUAGCUAUUCGGAAGAGUAAAAAGAACUUCUGCCACAUCCGCUUUGCUGAGGAAUUCAUGGUGGACAAGGCGCUCUAUCUCUCUGGUUAUCGCAUCAGGCUAGGCUCCAGCACUGACAAAAAGGAUACCGGACGCCUCCAUGUGGACUUUGCUCAAGCUCGGGAUGAUCUGUAUGAGUGGGAGUGUAAGCAGCGGAUGCUGGCACGAGAGGAGCGCCAUCGUAGAAGAAUGGAGGAGGAGAGAUUCUGUCCUCCUUCUCCACCCCCUGUUGUCCACUACUCUGACCACGAGUGCAGCAUUGUUGCUGAAAAGCUGAAAGAUGAUUCCAAGUUCUUGGAAGCAGUGCAGACCUUGGUGACCUGGAUAGAACGUGGGGAAGUGAACAGGCGGAGUGCAAACAACUUCUACUCCAUGAUCCAGUCAGCUAACAGUCACAUUCGCAGAUUGAUGAACGAGAAAGCAGCCCAUGAGAAAGAGAUGGAGGAAGCUAAGGAGAAGUUUAAGCUUGCUCUCUCAGGGAUUCUAGUUCAGUUUGAGCAGAUAGUGGCUGUGUACCAUUCCGCCUCCAAACAAAAGGCUUGGGACCAUUUCACGAAAGCUCAGCGUAAGAACAUCAGCGUGUGGUGCAAACAAGCCGAGGAAAUCCGCAACAUUCAUAAUGAUGAACUCAUGGGUAUUCGAAGAGAAGAGGAAAUGGAAAUGUCUGACGAUGAGCUAGAAGAUCCUUCAGAGACAAAAGAAACAGAAGAAUCAGCACUGAUAUCCCAGGCAGAGGCCCUAAAGGAGGAAAAUGACAGUUUGCGCUGGCAGCUGGAUGCCUACAGGAAUGAGGUGGAGCUGUUAAAGCAAGAGCAGGGUAAAGCGAACAGAGAUGAAGACACAACUAGAGAGCAGCAGUUAAAACUCCUCCAGCAAGCUUUACAGGGAAUGCAGCAGCAUCUUCUGAAAUUGCAAGAGGAAUACAAAAAACGAGAAGCCGAGCUAGAAAAAGUGAAGGAAGACAAAGUACAAAUGGAAAUGUUGUUAGAAACCCUGAAGGAGCAGCAAGAGAUGGCAGAUGAAGAGGACAAGGAGAGAGACGUGGCUGAUAAUCAAGGAAAUGAGAGCAGUACUUACAGGAUCUGUGCAUCUAGCCAGGAGAAGGAGUGCCCACUUGAGAGGACCCUGAGCUGUAGCCCUGUCAAAUCUGAACGAGAAGCUUUAUUAGUAGGUAUAAUUUCAACAUUUCUUCAUGUUCACCCAUUUGGAGCAAGCAUAGAGUACAUCUGUUCCUACUUACAGCGGCUCGACACCAAGAUUUGUCCCACUGAAGUGGAAGUUCUGAUGAGCAGACUGCAGCACACCUUCAAACAAGAGCUGAGUGGAGUUGGGGCUAGCCUGGAGAAAAGAUGGAAAUUUUGUGGCUUUGAUGGACUGAAAAUGACUUGA